GCCUCCAGCAGCAGUUCGGACGGAAGCGCAUCGACGGGCAGGAUCUACAAGAAGGUCGCCAUCGUCGAGAAUUUCUUCGACAUCAUCCACGCGGUGCACGUCGACCUGGAAGGUCGGCCCGGGAAACACGCCGGCCAAAAGCGCACGUACAGAACGAUAACCGAGACCUACGCCUUUCUGCCACGUGAGGCGGUGACGCGUUUCCUGCUCGGCUGCACCGAGUGUCAGCGCCGGCCAAGGACGCCCAGCCCCACGAGCCUGGCAGCCGUAGCCACUGCUACUGCCACCACCACCGCCACAAAAAACGACAUUCCCACGAUCUCCAGGACCCCGACGCCCACGACGCCUAUCGACUCGCCACCGAGCCCCAAGCCAGCCACAACCUUGGCCAACAGCUCCACGCCAACGCCCGACGACGCUGACAAGCCCAAAGAGGCCAGCGAUCCUCCGGAGACUGGAAGCCCCUCAAACGAGAACUCGCAGGAUCAGCCAAAGGCCGAAAUCAAGCUAGAAACGGAGGAACCAGCAAAGACGACGACGACAGCGGUAACCGAGACAACGGAAGCCACAACGACGAGCACGGUGAAAACGGAGAACAUCGAUGGGGAUGCCACAACUACUAGUGCCACCAGUGAGACGGACAAUAGCAGUAACGUCAGUGUGGCCAAGAUCAAGGCCGAGAAGUACAACCCUCUCAGCAUAACGAACCUGCUGAGGAAGGACCCAGUCAGCCGAAGACCGCCGAUCGCCCUCGUGCCCAAGUCAGAGUCGGCAUUGUCGACGGCUGCGAUUACCACCACCACAACCACCACCAGCACCACCACGAUCUUCCCGUCCGUGACGGAGAGUAGCUUACCGGUCGCGGGGGACUGCCCAGUGGCCAAGUGCGCCCCCAUGGACUACAGCUGGACGGGCGACGAGGUGUCCCGGGACUUUUUACCGGCAGCCGGCCUCAUUGGCCAAAACCUGAACCUGCUGGCGACCAUCCAGCAGCUCCACUGCCAGGUGAUGCUCGCGUUGACCCAGAGGCUGCGUCCGUCGGAGCCGAGCCACGGCUCGCCCCCGUCGGCAGCUCGGAACAACGCCGAGGAGCCCGGCUCCUGAGAAUCGGCCGCGCCCUCGCCCCCGCCGGCGAAACGCUGUAGCUUCAGCAUCGACUCGCUUGUAAAUAAACUCUAAUGUACAUAUAAUAACUGGCUUACGUGGGUCGGCUACAAGAAGAAGAAAAAGAAGAAGAGGAGGAAGUGACGUUCGUUCGUUUGUUCUGUGCUGUUGUAAUUAUUAUACCAAUGAAGCCGCGCGACAGCCGGCAUCGACGAUGGGACUAUUGUUGACUUGCACCGUGGAUGAGUGACGCGAGACAAUCGCCGAUGUCGAGUGUUGCCGAGUAUAGUGCGCGCGCGUGUGAGUAUGUUCGUUAAUUUUAAGAAUCGCGGAUUGUGGAUAGGCCGAAGAAGGAGAUGAGUGAAAGAAAAAGAAAAAAAAAAUAUAUAUAUAUACAA